CGGGGCGUGGGCGGGGCCUGAGCGCGCCUGCUCAGUCCGCUCUACUCUGGGCGGCAGAGGCGACGCGCUGGAGCAAAGAUGGAAGACUACCAGAGUUCCGAGGAGACUGCUUUUGUUGUUGAUGAAGUAAGCAACAUUGUAAAAGAGGCCAUCGAAAGUGCCAUCGGCGGUAACGCUUACCAGCACAGCAAAGUCAAUCAGUGGACCACCAAUGUAGUAGAGCAAACUCUAAGCCAACUCACCAAGCUGGGAAAACCAUUUAAAUACAUCGUGACCUGUGUAAUUAUGCAAAAGAAUGGAGCUGGAUUACACACAGCGAGUUCCUGCUUCUGGGACAGCAAUACUGAUGGGAGCUGCACUGUGCGAUGGGAGAACAAGACCAUGUACUGCAUCGUCAGCACCUUCGGACUGUCCAUUUGACUCAUCAAGCCUGUGACCUCCUUUUGUCUCAGCAUUUCUGUUCCAUCUUCUAACUACCAACCAUGAAUUCAGUGACACCUUUUUCCUCACUGUAUGUUUUGUGGCAUUCUCAAAAUGUAGAGAAAUAAACCAAAUGACUGCUUUGUAUAUGAACUGCACACUGUAAGUCUCCAUGGGUAGUUCUGGAGCCUGUAUUGCCACCUGUCUUAACUCUGUAUUUCUUUUUCAAAGGUGCUAAAAACUGAAUUCUGCAAGCAGAAAA